AUGUCCACCAUCCUCCUCCUCCUCCUCCUCCUCACCCUCUUCUCUUCACGCGCCGCCGCCACCCUCCCCGGCUCCUGGGCCCUCCUCGUCCCCGACGCCGGCAUCGCCUCUAUGCACACCGCCGUCACCCGCUUCAACACUGUCGUCCUCCUCGACCGCACCCAAAUCGGCCCUUCCCGCAAACCCUUCCCCACCCACCGUUGCCCCAUCCCCCACGACUGCACCGCCCACUCCGUCCUCCUCGACCUCUCCACCAACUCCCUCCGCCCCCUCACCAUCCUCACCGACACGUGGUGCUCCUCCGGCCAAUUCCUCCCCGACGGCACCCUCCUCCAGACCGGCGGCGGCGGCCUCGACGGCUUCCGCCGGAUCCGCCGCUUCUCCCCCUGCGAACCAACCUCACUCUGCGACUGGGAGGAACUCCCAGUCCCGGAGCUCCACCAAGGGAGAUGGUACGCCACCAACCAAAUCCUCCCCGACGGCUCCGUCAUCAUCGUCGGCGGUAAAUCCGCCGACACCGUCGAAUUCUUCCCGCCAAAACCCACAUCCCCCGCCGUGAAAUUCCCGUUUCUAACCGAAACGAAAGACGACCAAAUGGACAACCUCUACCCUUACGUCCACUUGCUCCCCAACGGCGAGCUAUUCGUGUUCGCCAACGAUCGAGCCGUCUCGUACGAUUAUAAUAAAAACGUCGUGACGAGGGUUUACCCGGCGCUCAACGGCGGCCCGAGGAAUUACCCGUCCGCGGGAUCUUCGGCGAUGCUGGCGCUGACGGGCGAUUACUCGGGAGCCACGGUUUUGGUGUGCGGCGGCGCGGUUUACGGCGCGUAUUUGGAGCGGGCGGCGGGUCGACCCGCGAGGGGGAGCUGCGGUCGGAUCGAGGCGACUCGACCAGACGCAGAUUGGGAAAUGGAGGAGAUGCCGUUCGGGCGGAUUAUGGGGGAUAUGGUGGUUUUGCCGACGGGCGAUUUGGUGAUUGUGAAUGGGGCAAUGGCCGGAACUCAGGGUUUCGAGAUGGGUUCCGACCCGUGUUUGUAUCCGGUUCUGUACCGGCCGGACCAGCCGGUCGGGCUCCGGUUCAUGACUCUGAAUCCGGGGACGGUGCCGAGAAUGUACCACUCGACGGCGAAUUUGUUGCCGGACGGGAGGGUUUUGGUCGCCGGGAGCAACCCGCAUUACUUCUAUAAGUUUGAUGGGACGGAGUAUCCGACGGAGUUGAGGAUCGAGGCGUUCUCGCCGGAGUAUCUUUCGGGUGAUCGGGCGAAUCUCCGGCCGGCGGUGGUGGGGAUGCCGGAGAAGGUGGGGUAUGGGGAGGUUUUUGAAGUGGCGGUGACGGUGGAGCUGCCGGUGGUGGGUGUGGUGGAGGUGAACAUGGCGAGCGCGCCGUUUGCGACGCACUCGUUUUCGCAGGGGCAGAGGCUGGUGAAGUUGGCGGUGGAGGCGCCGGCGGUGGAAGGAGGUGGGGUAUAUAGGAUAAAGUGUACGGCUCCGCCGGAUGGGAGGGUGGCGCCGCCGGGGUACUAUAUGGUGUUUGCGGUUAACCAAGGGGUGCCGAGUGUGGCCAGGUGGGUCCAGUUGGUGGCAGCGUGA